UCCAAAGGCAUCACAAAUCAUUGGAUCUCAGCUUCGAUCAGAAUCUUAAAUCUAAUAAACUCAACUUCCAGAAUGAAGGUCUUUGUUUGCUUGUUGGCUUCCCUGGCUCUGGUCCACGCCGGUGGCCUCCGUGGUGGUGCUGGUGGUGCAGGUGGCGGCUAUCUGCCCGGUGGAGGACGUGGUGGUGGCCGCCCUGCCAUUGGAGCCGGUCUGGUGUCCCACGUCUCGCAGUCGCAGGGCAACACUAAGGUCCACAUUGGCGGUGGCUCCGCUGGCGGUGCUGGCGGCUACGGCGGUGGUGCUGGUGCUGCUUAUGGCGGUGGUGCUGGCGCUUCAUACGGCGGUGGUGCAGCCGCUUAUGGCGGUGGACGCGGAGCUGGUGGCUGGCAAGGAGCCGGAGCUGGUCGUGGUGGUGCUGGUGGAGCUGGAGGCUGGCAGGGUGGUGCUGGUGGUGCUGGUGGAGCUGGAGGCUGGCAGGGUGGUGCCGGAGGAGCUGGAGCUGGCAACGCCUGGGGCAACCCCGCUGAGUUCGAUUACACUGUCAACCACGCUUCCGGCGGUGCUGGUGGUGCAGGUGGCGCCUACGGUGGUGCUGCUGGUGCCCGCGGCGGUGCUGGCUGGUGGAACGAUUAAGUCAUGUCACCUUCCUUAUCUGUAAACGAAUCUGAAUCCGACCAAUAAAGAGACUAACAAAAAAAGAA